AAGUGGACCAAUAGUCCAACAAUUUAAGUAUUCAAGUCAAUUCAUUCACGUUGUUCAGAAAAAAAAAAAAGGUCAAUUCAUUCAGGUAAAGCCGAGCACCAAACAUUUAGAGACAUAAAAAGACAAUCUCUAUACAUCUGUAUAGAAAUUCUUUGAACAUCUAUUAAUUCCCAAUGGAUGGGCUCAUCCUCAAACCUAUAGAAAAUAAUUGUUGACUAAAGCAGCUAAUUGGAAGUACUUCCAGGUUAAAUAGGAUUGAGCAACUACACAAAGAACAACUAACUAGCUAGUAGUUUGAGCCUUGAAGCAGUAGUGUUCUUUAGUUUAUUCUAGUAGAUGCAUGACGGGCGGCUCCAAAAACGUGCGCUGCACUACAAAUCAUUUCCGACAUUGAUGGAAAAGCGUGUGCACGAUCACCAUAUAUUCCCCUGCCAAAGCUCUCCUCAUGUCCACACUCACAGACUAAUGCCGGCACCAAAAUCUCCAUCAGCGCCACCUCCAGCAACCCCCAAUGGCGAAAUUGCACCGGAGAGGUCGCCGUCGCCCUCCCGGCCCCAAAUUGCCCUUCAACAAUCUUCCCAUCAGAACAAAAAAGGUUCAUUUAUAUCAACCAAACUUUUCCGUCGAGUCAGGUCAGUGUUCAAGUCAUUUCCUAUAGUCAGUACGCCUUGCAAGAUGCCGAUCCCAAUCAACGGUGGUCGGCCUCACGACGGCCACCACAUUCAUGGAGGAAAGCAAAUGACAGGAACCCUUUUCGGGUACCGAAAAGCUAGAGUUAACUUGGCUAUCCAAGAAAAUCCCAGGUGCCUUCCAUUGCUUGUGCUCGAACUCUCCAUCAACACCGGAAAGCUCCUCCAUGAGAUGGGAUUGGGGCUGGUCAGAAUUGCUUUGGAGUGUGAAAAGCAUCAUCCCUCGGAGAAAAUCAAGCUCAUUGACGAACCGAUAUGGACUAUGUAUUGCAAUGGUAAAAAAGUUGGGUAUGCAGUAAAGAGAGAGCCAACUGAGGAUGAUUUGAAUGUGAUACAAAUGCUUCAUGCAGCUUCAGUGGGAGCUGGGGUGCUUCCCAUUGAUCAUACCAGUGCUGGAGAAUCUUCAUCGGAUGGCGGAGAAUUGACUUACAUGAGAGCUUGCUUUGAACGAGUGGUAGGAUCCAGGGACUCGGAAACUUAUUAUAUGAUGAAUCCGGAUGGUCGCAACAGUGGACCAGAACUUAGCAUUUUUUUCGUAAGGGUUUGAGAUUUGAUCAAGAAAAGUUGUAGUAUCUUGUAAUCAUGUUCGUAUUACAUAGGCCAGCCUUCUAACAUAUGCAUUGUAUUUGUUUUGAGGAUGA